AUGGCUUCCGCUACACGCUUCAGACUCGUAUUCAACGUGCCCACAGUAUCACUGGCUCAAUGCAAAGAGGCCAUUUUCGCUGCUGGAGCAGGUCGCUACCCCGGCCCGGGCAACUACACAGAGUGUUGUUGGACCGUCAUAGGGACGGGCCAGUUCCGCCCAGGCGAUGCGGCCAAACCACACCUUGGAGAAGUCGGCAAGCUUGAGGAGGUCGAAGAGGCAAGGGUCGAAACUAUUUGCGUGGGCGAAGAUGUGGCAAGAAAUGCAGUCAAAGCUCUGAAGAGUGCCCAUCCCUAUGAAGAGCCCUCUUAUUCUGUGUAUCGACUAGAGGACUUCUGA